AUGACAGACAUUCUCGAGGCCAAUAUCCGGGUGUUCAAUAAGGACGCCCACAAGUAUGAAACAGACUUUCAAGAAGCUAUCCGGAUGCUGUGCGAGGAGACAGAGAGCCGCCGUCUCUGGAUAAGCUCCAAGUGGUCCGACACACCAGAAGGAAACGGCAAAGAUGUCAAGCUCUUAGAUUAUGCGUGUGGACCUGGCUAUAUAUCACGAGUGCUCGCACCUUACGUGACCAAGAUCGUUGGCAUAGAUGCCUCUGAAGGUAUGGUAGGCGAGUACAAUAAGAAAGCGCAAGAAGCCGGCAUUCCUCCGGAGAAGAUGUCCGCCAGAGCCGGCAAUAUCCUUGGAGACAGCUUCUCGGAAGAUUUCAAAGGGCCCGAAUAUCACGAUUUCGACGUGGCAUUUGUCGGACUUGCCCUCCACCACUUCUCCGACCCGUUACUGUCGAUGAAACGGCUAGUUGACAGGCUGCGUGUGGGUGGUGUCCUUUGGAUCAUCGAUGCACUGGAUCAACCUCACGCUCACCAUGAGCACGAGAAGUUGAGUCCGGAAACAAAGGCAGCAAUCCACACGCAUGGGUUCACAGUCGACCAGGUGAAAGAUUUGUUUGCACAGGCUGGUGCUGGUGCGGACGUCAGAGUGGAAGUCAUCGACAAGCCAUUCGAAAUCAAGACCCCAAACCACACUUUCAAGAGGACCGCUUUCUUUGCCAGAGGGCAGAAGCUCUAG